CUUCAUUGCCUCACCUUAGGAAUCCUCGAAUACCGACGGCAUUUACUCACAAGAGCUCUCACAUAUCACCGUUCAAGGAGAGAGAGAGAGAGAGAGAGAGAGAGAGAGAGAGAGAGAUGACUUCAGACAAAGUGAUGACGAUGAGCAAGAACUGCCGUGGAUGGGCUGCAAGAGACGACUCAGGACUGCUCUCUCCUUAUGAAUUCGAACGCAGAUCGGUCGGAGGCGAUGACGUUUCAGUAAAGAUCACUCAUUGCGGUGUUUGCUAUGCCGAUGUAGCUUACACUCGCAACAAGAGAAAUAGUACUGUGUAUCCUGUGGUCCCUGGGCAUGAGAUCGUGGGGAUUGUACAAGAAGUGGGUGAUAAGGUUAGUAAGUUCAAGAUCGGAGACCAUGUGGGCGUUGGAACCUUCGUCGAUUCAUGCAGAGAGUGCGAGUACUGUGAAGUUCGCCAUGAAGAGCAUUGUUCCAAAGCAACUGUAACGAUUAAUGGCACUUGUAAGGACGGUACCAUCACCAAGGGAGGAUAUUCUAGUUUCAUAGUUGUCCAUGAGAGGUAUUGCUACAAGAUUCCUGAGAGGUAUCCUCUAGCUCUAGCUGCACCUUUACUAUGUGCUGGAAUAACGGUAUAUAAUCCGAUGAUCCAUCACAAGAUGAAUCAGCCUGGUAAGUCGCUAGGGGUGGUUGGCCUUGGUGGGCUCGGUCAUAUGGCUGUGAGGUUCGCCAAGGCUUUCGGAUUGAACGUCACUGUCUUCAGCACAAGCACCUCCAAGAAAGAUGAUGCGUUGAAUCUGUUGAAAGCAGACAAGUUCGUGCUCUCGUCGGACACGGAACAAAUGAGCGCUCUGUCGAAAUCUCUAGACUUCAUAAUCGACACUGCAUCAGGAGAUCACCCUUUGGAUCUAUACAUGUCAUUGCUUAAGAUAGGAGGAGUUUUGGCUUUGGUGGGCAAUCCAGGCAAGGAAUUGAAACUCAGUCCACUGAGUCUUCUCAUGGGAAUGAGGAGUAUCUCCGGAAGCGCGGUCGGUGGUACGAAGCGAACGCAGGAGAUGCUCGAGUUUUGCGCCAAACAUGAGAUACAUCCAGAGAUUGAAGUAAUUCCUAUUCAGUAUGCGAAUGACGCUCUUGAGAGGAUUCAAAAGAAUGACGUGAAAUACCGCUUUGUGAUAGACAUUGAGAGCUCCUUGGAGUGAUCUACUGAUGAAGGAACUGAAGGAAUAUAUUUUCGUGCGUAUUCUAUAAGAAUUGUAUCUUUAUUUUAGUGCCAAUGACUCUCUUUAUGAAAUACAAUUAGAUAACGCAACAAUAAGUGGAAAGUA